AUUCAAGGUGUAUACAUUGUAUUUAUUUAUUUUUGAUAAAAUAGAGCCCUUUGUGUUGAGCCACAGAAACACAAACUAUUUAAUAAGAAAAAAUGACGAAUCAACCAACAACAUACUACACUAUUUCUAAUGUUCUGUGAUCAAUUUGCAUUUCCGUACGUUCCUGAAAUAAUCUUUAACCUCAUAGAUUUGUAAUUCUUGCUAUUCCAAAUUUAACCGCCCCCAUCUGGCUGAACAUCUUCAUGGCUGAUUGAGCUCAAGUACAUCCAGAGGGUUAUAAAUUACAGGAGAUAGUCAACCGUGAAUAUCAAAAUCUUCAGCACGUCGACUAAUGCCAAAGGCUGCAGAAUGAGGGAACGGGAUAUCCUAUAGAUUAUGUCUCUUGACUCUAUGUGUGUUUAAAAACGCUUGAAAGCCAGGGUAGACGUAGCUGGACAUGACUUGGCAGUGUUGAGCAGAGGCAGAGAUUUGCGAUAUAAGCUUUUCGUAAAGUCACCCCACAGCUGUUGAAUCUGUCAUGUUCACUGAGAGAGAGGUUGAAAACGUAAUCGUUCAUUACAUAUGUCAAAGCCCUGGUACACAAGCACAGUAUAAAACAGAGCAGAGGGACACACCGUAACGACAGGUUGUCACACCUAAAUAAGUUCCAGGUCAAUUAUUACUUACUAAAUUUGGAAACAAAAAGCUUAAGGUUCAAAAUGUACGAAUAGAACUGAACCCCGUAACAUCCAAGGAGGGGUAAUGAGAGCAUAAAGCACAGAGAAGAGAGAUGCAGUGGCAUCAGGACGUCCACAUGUGAAUAAACCAACAGAGACGAAGGAAACUGUAAACUUAACCAGCUGAAUUAUGAUUGUUUAACCUGAAGCUUUCAGGGACCAGUGAUGAAUAGAAAUCUGCAUCUGUAAAUUCCACAACAACGUUCAACGGCAGCAAUUAUGACAACAGCCACAAGACUCUUGGAUGAGUUGUGUCACCUUACGGCUCAGUCACUGGCUUCGCUGGAGCCCUCAGAUCACUUCCAAGUUAUCAAAAUUCUUGGAGAGGGCUCGUAUGGCAAGGUCAAGUUAGCUGUGCACAAGAAAAGGGGAACACCAAUGGCUCUUAAAUUCUUUCUGCGAGACUCCACAUGUCUCCUGUCAUUUCUACGAGAAUAUAAUCUGUCUUUGGCAUUCUGCACCCACCCAUCUCUAACUUCAGCCCUCGGUAUCGCGUUCUCCACUCCAACCCACUACGUGUUCGCACAGCAACCUUGCAUCUAUGGCGACCUCUAUGAUGUCAUCGUUCCUGAGGUCGGUAUAAAGGAGAACCGUGUUCAAGGAGUAGCUUCACAGAUCAGUGGUGCUCUCUCUCACCUCCACUCGCUCGGCUUUGUCCAUCGUGAUGUCAAACCCGAGAACAUCUUCUUGUGUGACCGUGACUGUCGCUGGGUCAAGCUUGGUGAUUUUGGCAUGGUGAAGGCUGCGGGCACCAGGGUACCGUGCGUGUGGUACAGCUCUCCAUACUGCACACCAGAGGCUGAAAUAGCAAGAGUGAGGGAGGAGAUCAAGGGAGGAGAAGUGGACAACAAUGGGAACAAGGGGUGCACUGAAAACACCCAAAGGAUUUUGGUAUCUGUAGAUGCCAGUACAGACAGCUGGGCGUUGGGUAUUUUGAUCUAUGCCAUGCUGAUGGGGAGCUCACCAUGGGCAGAGACUGUUUCAGACAAUAGUGCAUUUAGCAGUUAUUUACAGUGGAGUAAGUCGGGCACUUCGGAAUUGGAAAAGAGUGGGUCACAACGGUUGCCAUCGCAGUUCAUGGCGUUCACUCCUCUCGCAGCCAGUUUUUUCAGGUCCCUGCUUCACCCGCAACCCGGGUGUCGAGGAAGACCUGAGGAAAUAGGAGCGUUCCUUGGAGGAGCUUGGCUUGUGGACAAUGAUGUCAGUGGGUGAUCAAAAGAAUGUCUGAGAUUACAUUUUUGUAUAAUCAUCUGGUUUUCACUCUAGGGUGUAAAGAAUGGACAGUUUUGGUCUGAGAAAACUGUUUUAAUGGCAACCCUGAUAUUGUUAUUCUAUAUAGGCCUUAUUUGUUUCUGCCUAGCUAGUAUUUUCCCUAACAGAUUACUGUAGCUCUCAGCUACUACAUUUUAUUAACACAGAAUUUGAUACAAACAAAAUAAAAGAGACAAAACAUAUACACAACAGCAGCAUUGCUGCUCUUCAAAAUAAUGCACAUCCUGCGAAGAUCAGUAGCAGACAGAGUUUAAAUCCAUAUUACUGCCCAAUUCCAGACCAACUGGAUGUACAGUACAGCUAGAACUGAGAUGGGGUGAGAGCUCUUUUGGAGAAACCAGUCACAGUCGCUUUGAGGCACAACCGUUUAUUCACAACCAUCUUGUGCAGCUGUUUUCUAUUUUCAUUGAAGUUAAUUGUUUUCUUACUUAAAUGGUUAACAGCUUAACUGAAAUACCUGAAAUUGUGGUAAUCACGUAUGGUAUCGUAAGUUUCACUUCUUUAGCUGAAAUCACACUUUUUUUAUAGUUUACGCACAAGCACGUUCCAGAGUACUUCCACCUCCACUUCCUUAAAGAAUUUAAAGGAGUAGAUCACCUUCAAAAUGAAAACUAUGUCAUCAUUUACAUGCCCUCUUGUCAUUUCAAACCUGCAUGACUUUCUUUCUUCUGCAGAACACAAAAUAAGAUCUUUUUAAAAUUGUUGGUGACAGAACAGCACAGCCCCCCAUUUACGUCUAUUGCAACCAAUGCAAGUGAACGAGGGGCUGUUUAUGACAUUCUUCAAAAUAUCUUCUUUUGUGUUCUGCGGAAAAAAGAAAGUCAUAGAGGUUUGAAAUGACAAAAGGGUGAAUAAAUGAUGACAUAAUUUUCAUUUUGAAGGUGAACUACUCCUUUAAAUAAACUGCAUAUACUUUACUUUUUUUCAAAAAAGAUUUGGUUCUGUAUGUUGUAUUUUUUCUUAGUUCAAUAAAGUUUCUUUUGAAA